CUUCAUUUGAGGUAAGGACCUCAUGCGAGAAUCGAAAAUAAAAGAAAAAGAAAUCAAGGAAGAACAUAUCAUUUGUUAAAGAUUUCUAUUCAAUAACAUGCCCUCACGAAGGGUUAAACGUGCCUUUCUGGCAAAUAGUUUUGUAAUUUUUGCCAUUCUGUCCAACUCGUGGCACCCAUCUGCGGCUAGUGGCGUUACCAACCUGUUCGAAAAAAAUGUAGAAUUAAAGCUAGAAGACGCAAUUGUUGAACGCGAAAGUCUUCACGCCAAAAACGAAUUUGCAGAUGAAGUAAGCAAGAGAGCAAUACCAGCCUGUUCAUCUGACAGUGAUUGUAAAAAUGGAGGAGUGUGCCAACAAUCUACAAACUUGUGUGUUUGUGCAAAUGGGUAUGGUGGACCAACAUGUGAAGAAACUGUGUGCAGCCCUCCUUGUGAAAACGGUGGCACGUGUAUAAGUGGAACAUGUUCAUGUACGCCUUACUACACAGGUGCUACUUGUGACACAGGAAUUUGCAAAUAUCCAUGCCACAACAAUGGUACAUGCACUAAUCCUGUUGAUAAUGAAUGCACUUGCCUUGAUGGUUUUAUGGGAAGGCUUUGUGAUCGAGUUUAUUGUGAUGCUGUAUGUGAAAAUGGUGGAGUCUGUAGUGCUCAUCAAACAUGUAAAUGUCCUACUGCAUAUCCAGUUGUAAUGAACGAACAGUGUAAACGUGGAUUGUGUACUCCUGAAUGUGGAAUGGGAGGAAAAUGUGACUAUAAAGAUGGAGGUUUUAAAUGUGUUUGUGAAGAAGGAUAUUCUGGUCCAACUUGUGAUGAAGAAACCAUAAACGAACUUCCAAUUGCAACUGGUAUUUGCAAAUCUUACAUCGACGAAGUUGUCACUGAUCCUAGCAUGUACUUCAACUCGCUUGCUACGGCCAAAGAAAAGUCAUACUGUCUUAGUUUUAUCACAAGUAUGCAAGCUGCAUGUUCCAUGGAAACACCAAACUAUAACUUUCAAAAGAAAAAUUGUCUCCACCAUUGUAAAUCUGACCAAACAUCAAACCUAUGUGACAAAAUUUACUCUGGUAACUGUCCAGGUGGUAGCCAGCGUAUUGUUUACGACAAAGCUUCAAAGGAAUGCAAAUCAUUUAAGUUUAAUGGUUGUUUUGGAAAUAAAAAUGCUUAUGAAACAAUGUCUGAUUGUGAAGCACGACACAGUUCCAUUUCUGGUUUAAUGAAAACAACUGCUCUUUUGCUUCCACUAAACAACACUUGCUUUGUGAGAUCCAAAAUUCAUUACACUACAUUUGAUGGCAUGAAUUACAAUUUCUUAAGUGGAUGUUCAUACUACUUGGUUCAUGACGGUGACCCAACAAGCACUCUUAAUGUCAUUGUUCACAACGAUCCUCACGUUAAUAGUAAUAAUACUGUUAAGAGAACACUUGAAAUUAACGCUGAUGAUAAAAAAAUUGAAUUGAAGCAAAAAGAUGGUGAUUUAUUUGUUGUUUUUGUUGAUGGAAAGUUCACAAGUUUACCAUACAAUGGGGUGCCAAAGAUUAAACAGGCUGGCAGAUAUGUGUUAGUUAUCACCUCUGAACAAGUUAUUAUCAAGUUUGAUGGUGUAGAGGAUGUUGCAAUAACUGUUCCAGAUAAAUACAAAACAGUAGAAGGUGGUAAUCAUAGGUUAUCAGGUCUCUGUGGAAAUCUAGAUGGUAACCCAAACAAUGACUUGGUUGAUUUCACUGGAGCACAAAGAAAGGACAUUUAUGAGUUUAGUAAAGUGUACUUAAAAGGAGAUGAAUGUGUUGAAAACUUAAGCAUCACUUCGUUAUUUUAUAACCCAUACAACAAUACUGAACUUGUGUUCGCCAAUGCAGAAAGCUCAUGUGAUAUCAUAAAUUCAGAAGCAUUCAAACCAUGUCAUGGCGUUGUUGACCCUGAUCAAUACAAGCUUGUUUGUAUGCAGGAUGUUGUAAACUGUAACCACAAUGUAAGAUCUGACUGUAUGUGUUCCGCCAUUUCACUAUAUGCCAGAGUUUGUCAAAAGAAAGGUGUCAAUCUUCACUGGAGAACAGAUGCCUUGUGUCCAAUAACAUGUAAAGGUGACUUGAGGUAUUAUGAUUGUGGGUCAGCAUGUCCAAAAACGUGUGACAAUUUGAUGACAAGCUCCAGAUGUGUUUCUGAUUGUGUUGAUGGUUGUCAUUGUCCACCAGAUUUGUAUUAUGACAAAGGAACUGAUAGAUGUCUUCCACAAAGCCAAUGUUCGUGUUAUCGUGACGGUGUAAGAUAUCCUCACAAUACAGUGCGAGUGGGCCAUUGCGAAGAUUGUACAUGUAAAGGUGGUAUGUGGGAAUGUGCUAAAAAGCCAUGUUCUGCAACUUGUGAUGUAUCUGGUGAUCCGCAUAUAAAAACCUUUGAUGGUAAAAGAUAUGACAUGUAUGGAAAGUGCAGUUAUGUGCUAGUCGAUCACUGUCAUUAUGGUGCAGCACACAAGGAGUUUGAAGUCGUUGUCAAGAAUUCCGAAUGCAGCAACUCUUUGUACACAUCAUGUGUACGUAAUAUGAUGGUCAACUUGCCAACUUUGAACGCUCGCAUUGAGUUGGGAUCUGUAAAAACAGGAAAUACAAGAUUCCCAACUUUAAGAGUGAACGGUGAAGAGAAGAGAUAUGUUGACAAUGAAAAUUACCAAAUUGACUUUGUUGGCGAUUCCAAUGUUAUUUUUAUGUACAAAAAGAAACAAUUCAAGAUCCACUGGACAGGACAUAAUGUUUACGUAACAGUUGGCUAUCAAUUUGAGAACCAAACAUGUGGUCUUUGCGGUACAUACAAUUUUAACUCUGCAGAUGAUUUCCACACAAGAUCAGACUCGACAGAAACCAGUGUUUCGGCAUUUACACAAUCUUGGAUAUACAAAGACAAAGAUGUCUCUCAAGACUUAUCUAGCUGUCACUCAACAACAUGGGAGACUUCAGAACAACCAUGCCAAAUCUACAGCGCAAAAGCCGGUACUGCUGAGACAAAUUGUUUACUAAUAAAAGACCCAUUAGGUCCCUUUGCAGCGUGCCACUCAACUGUACCUCCAGCAGAGCAUUUCUCAAUGUGCAAACAAGAUGCUUGCAAAUGUGGAAAGUGUUAUUGUGAAGUGGUUGCAGCAUAUGCUAAAUUAUGUAUGGAUAAUGGUAUCAUCAUUGAUGGUUGGAGAGAGAAAACUGAAGACUGUCCUCUAACCUGUAAGUCACCUAAAACAUGGCGUCAAUGUAACACGAACGAUGAUGGUAGAACAUUGAAAUGCCCAACAACUUGUCAUGACGUGUCAACGAAUGAUACACAAUCGUGUGCCAGACGAGGCUGCGUCGAAGGGUGCUUCUGUCCUGAGGGAUACUAUGAGAAUAACGAACAUGAAUGCGUCGCUCAGGAUCAAUGUCCAUGUUACCAUAAUGGUUUUGUUUAUCAACCUGGUUCAGUGAGACAGGAUGAAUGCAAUAACUGCACGUGUACUGGAGGAAAAUUUCAAUGCACCAACGUCGACUGCAACUCCCAUUGUGAAAAACAAGGUCGCGUGUAUUCUUCGUGUGGACGAACUUGUGCCAACGCUAUGUUAAACAAGGAAGACAUGACAUGCGAGUCAGGAUGUUUUUGUCCAGAGGGUCUAGUUUUACACGAAAACAAUACUUGUGUUGAACCAACCAGUGAAUGCCAAUGUAAAGAAGCUGACAAGUUUUUCGACAAAGGCGAAGCAUCGCCAUCAGAUUGUUCAAAAAUAUGUAACGGAGACCGAACCUGGAAAAACGUUCCUGGAGUCGAUCCUAAGCCACAAUAUGAUUGUGCUGCUUUUGGUCAAUUGCAUUAUCGUACUUUUGAUGGAUUGACAUACAAAGUCGAUGGACAACAGUGUCAGUACAUUUUAAUGUCUGAUUGUCGAAGCAACGGACCAUUCUGUGAUCUUGAAGCUGCCAAUAUUAACGUUCGAGUUCGCAAUACGCGAUGUAUUAACAGUUUCGAAGCAUACAUGUGCAAAGAGGUUACUAUUGAGUUAAAACUUCCUGGUGGAAAAGCUGAAAUUGUCAUGCUGCAGCAAACAGUUACUGUCAAGUUUGGUGUGCAAACACUGACAUUCAACAAAGGUACCUAUCCACAACCAAGAACCGCUGUUUUAGAUGGGUUAGAAAUAUUCAAGUCCGGUCUUUAUUUGAUCAUCCGUGCUUACAACUUGGAUUACACAAUCAAAUACGAUCAACAAAAUCGUGUUUAUGUCAUUCCUGGAAAAAUCCAUCAUGGUACAGGAAAGUUUGCUGGUCUCUGUGGUAAUUUCAAUGGACGAGAUGAUGAUGACUUCACAAAAUUGGACAAUUCGUUAGCUAAGAAUGCGCUGAAGUUUGCCGAGACAUGGAGUGAUCAGUCCACCGCAUGUCCAGAACUAACAGAAGCAGUCGACACAUGUGCUGCAAAUUCAGACCGAUUAGCUUGGGCACAAAAAGGAUGCAACGUUAUCAAAACUGGAAAUUUCACUGCCUGUCACAACACUGUGCCUCCAGAUUCAUUUGUCGAGUCCUGUCAACAAGAAACUUGCUUAUGUAAAUAUGGUGGUGACUGUGCAUGCUUUUGUUCAGCUAUUGCUGCAUACGUGCAAGAAUGUAAUCGACAUGGUGUCCCAAUAUACUGGAGAAGAGAAGGACUUUGCCGUUUGGACUGUUGCGAUCCUUGUGGUCAUUCAUACGGUUACUACACAGAUAAUCAUCUUCCUGAGACUUGUUACCAAAAAAACGAAACCUGUGACCAAAAUAAGAGAUGUUGCCGUGGCCCUGUAGUAGAAGGUUGUGGUUGUCCUGAAGGAACAUACGAUGACGGACACCAUUGUCAAAAUAUUACCACAUCAUCAACCAUACCUUGUUCUUCAUCUGUUGUACCAUCCACUUCUGUGUCUGUGAGUUCAACAGUACCUGUAUCAUCCACGCCAAUUUCCUCAUCACAGACAGUGUCUCAAUUAUCUUCUACCAUUACAGUUUCCAGUUCUUCACUAUCGUCUACGUCAACACCAGCGUUAUCAACGCAAACAGUAAUUGUGGAAACAUCAACACCGCUGUCUUCUUUUGAAUCUGUCCUUGUAACAACUUCUGUGGCAUCUUCCAGCUCUAUAACACCAAGUCCUUCCAGCUCUAUUUCUUCGACGGAAAUUACUACUGCAAUACUACCAACGUCAAGCAGCUCGUUUGUGCAACCUAGUAGCAGCGCUUUCGUAUCAGAAUCAUCAAGCUCUGCCACUGCACCAAUUACCACAACAGUUGCUUCACCAACGCCCAGCAGUUCUAAUGUUGUUCCAUCAUCAAGUUCUGUUGCACCAAGUUCGUCUAGCGCUGCUACGCCAUCUGCAAGUACUUCUGUCGUUCCACCAACCUCAAGCAGCUCGUUUGUGCAACCAAGCACCAGCUCCUUCGUACCAGAAUCAUCAAGCUCUGCCACUGCACCAAUUACCACAACAGUUGCUUCACCAACACCAAGCAGUUCCAAUGUUGUUCCAUCAUCAAGUUCUGUUGCACCAAGUUCGUCUAGCGCUGCUACGCCAUCUGCAAGUACUUCUGUCGUUCCACCAACCUCAAGCAGCUCGUUUGUGCAACCAAGCACCAGCUCCUUCGUACCAGAAUCAUCAAGCUCUGCCACUGCACCAAUUACCACAACAGUUGCUUCACCAACACCAAGCAGUUCCAAUGUUGUUCCAUCAUCAAGUUCUGUUGCACCAAGUUCGUCUAGCGCUGCUACGCCAUCUGCAAGUACUUCUGUCGUUCCACCAACCUCAAGCAGCUCGUUUGUGCAACCAAGCACCAGCUCCUUCGUACCGGAGUCAUCAAGCUCUGCCACUGCACCAAUUACCACAACAGUUGCUUCACCAACACCAAGCAGUUCUAAUGUUGUUCCAUCAUCAAGUUCUGUUGCACCAAGUUCGUCUAGCGCUGCUACGCCAUCUGCAAGUACUUCUGUUGUUCCACCAACCUCAAGCAGCUCGUUUGUGCAACCAAGCACCAGCUCCUUCGUACCGGAAUCAUCAAGCUCUGCCACUGCACCAAUUACCACAACAGUUGCUUCACCAACGCCCAGCAGUUCUAAUGUUGUUCCAUCAUCAAGUUCUGUUGCACCAAGUUCGUCUAGCGCUGCUACGCCAUCUGCAAGUACUUCUGUUGUUCCACCAACCUCAAGCAGCUCGUUUGUGCAACCAAGCACCAGCUCCUUCGUACCGGAAUCAUCAAGCUCUGCCACUGCACCAAUUACCACAACAGUUGCUUCACCAACACCAAGCAGUUCUAAUGUUGUUCAAUCAUCAAGUUCUGUUGCACCAAGUUCGUCUAGCGCUGCUACGCCAUCUGCAAGUACUACUGUAGUCCCACCAACGUCAAGUAGUUCGUUUGUUCAACUUAGCAGCAGCUCUGCCACUUCAGUAUCUUCAAGUUCUGUGACGGCACCAGUUACGACUACGGUUUUACAGUCAAGUUCUAGUAAUGUGGUUUCAACUAUUGCAAGGUCUUCUUUGUCUCAAGUUUCAAACACAAUUCCAACAUCAUUGUUAAGUGAAACAUCAUCGUUACCGGUAUUCACUCAAUCAACAUCGACUGCAGGAUCGUUCUCUUUUCCUUUACCACCUUCAUUAUCAUCGACAAUAACAUCUGCAUCAACAUACUCUAUUAUUGUUGAGACGUCAACUCCAACAUCUUCUUUUGAAUCAGUUCUUGUCACAUCUGCCAGUUCAAACAUUGUUCCAUCAACAAGUUCUGUUGCUCCAAGUUCGUCUUCCACACAAUCGGCAAGUACUACCGUUGUUUCACCAACCUCCAGCAGCUCGUUUGUUCAACCUAGCUCUAGCUCGCAUAUACUACAAUCGUCAAGCUCUGUGACCGCACCAGUUACUACAACUGUUGCUUCACCAACACCAAGCAGUUCUAAUGUUGUUCCAUCAACAAGUUCUGUUGCUCCAAGUUCAUCUAGCGCUUCUACUCCAUCGGCAAGUACUACUGUGGUGCCACCAACGUCAAGCAGUUCGUUUGUUCAACCUAGCAGCAGCUCUGCCACGUCAGUGUCUUCAAGUUCUGUGACUGCACCAGUUACGACUACUGAGGUUUUACCAACAACUGUUCUUCCAACACCAUCUCCUUCAUCAGAACAAACUGUUAUUGUUGAAACUUCGACACCAUUGUCUUCAUUCGAAUCUGUAUUGGUGACAUCAACUAGUUCAUUUGUCCAACCAAGCACCAGCUCAUUCGUACCGGAAUCAUCAAGCUCUGUGACUGCACCAAUUACCACAACAGUGGCUUCUCCAACACCAAGCAGCUCUAACAUUGUUCCAUCAGCAAGUUCUAUUGCUCCAAGUUCAUCUAGCGUUUCUACUCCAUCGGCAAGUACUACCGUUGUUCCUCCAACCUCCAGCAGCUCGUUUAUUCAACCUAGCACCAGCUCGCAUGUACUAGAAUCGUCAAGCUCUGUGACCGCACCAGUUACCACAACUGUUGCUUCACCAACACCAAGCAGUUCUAAUGUUGUUCCAUCAACAAGUUCUGUUGCUCCAAGUUCAUCUAGCGCUUCUACUCCAUCCGCAAGUACUACCGUUGUUCCACCAACCUCCAGCAGCUCGUUUGUUCAACCUAGCACUAGCUCGCAUGUACUAGAAUCGUCAAGCUCUGUGACCGCACCAGUUACCACAACUGUUGCUUCACCAACACCAAGCAGUUCUAAUGUUGUUCCAUCAACAAGUUCUGUUGGUCCAAGUUCAUCUAGCGCUUCUACUCCAUCGGCAAGUACUACCGUUGUUCCACCAACCUCCAGCAGCUCGUUUGUUCAACCUAGCUCUAGCUCGCAUAUACUAGAAUCGUCAAGCUCUGUGACCGCACCAGUUACUACAACUGUUGCUUCACCAACACCAAGCAGUUCUAAUGUUGUUCCAUCAACAAGUUCUGUUGCUCCAAGUUCAUCUAGCGCUUCUACUCCAUCCGCAAGUACUACCGUUGUUCCACCAACCUCCAGCAGCUCGUUUGUUCAACCUAGCAGCAGCUCUGCCACGUCAGUGUCUUCAAGUUCUGUGACUGCACCAGUUACGACUACUGAGGUUUUACCAACAACUGUUCUUCCAACACCAUCUCCUUCAUCAGAACAAACUGUUAUUGUUGAAACUUCGACACCAUUGUCUUCAUUCGAAUCUGUAUUGGUGACAUCAACUAGUUCAUUUGUCCAACCAAGCACCAGCUCAUUCGUACCGGAAUCAUCAAGCUCUGUGACUGCACCAAUUACCACAACAGUGGCUUCGCCAACACCAAGCAGCUCUAACAUUGUUCAAUCAACAAGUUCUAUUGCUCCAAGUUCAUCUAGCGCAUCUACUCCAUCGGCAAGUACUACCGUUGUUCCUCCAACCUCCAGCAGCUCGUUUGUUCAACCUAGCACUAGCUCGCAUGUACUAGAAUCGUCAAGCUCUGUGACCGCACCAGUUACCACAACUGUUGCUUCACCAACACCAAGCAGUUCUAAUGUUGUUCCAUCAACAAGUUCUGUUGGUCCAAGUUCAUCUAGCGCUUCUACUCCAUCGGCAAGUACUACCGUUGUUCCACCAACCUCCAGCAGCUCGUUUGUUCAACCUAGCUCUAGCUCGCAUGUACUAGAAUCGUCAAGCUCUGUGACCGCACCAGUUACUACAACUGUUGCUUCACCAACACCAAGCAGUUCUAAUGUUGUACCAUCAACAAGUUCUGUUGCUCCAAGUUCAUCUAGCGCUUCUACUCCAUCGGCAAGUACUACCGUUGCUCCACCAACCUCAAGCAGCUCGUUUGUUCAACCUAGCUCUAGCUCGCAUGUACUAGAAUCGUCAAGCUCUGUGACCGCACCAGUUACUACAACUGUUGCUUCACCAACACCAAGCAGUUCUAAUGUUGUACCAUCAACAAGUUCUGUUGCUCCAAGUUCAUCUAGCGCUUCUACUCCAUCGGCAACUACUACUGUGGUGCCACCAACGUCAAGCAGUUCGUUUGUUCAACCUAGCAGCAGCUCUGCCACGUCAGUGUCUUCAAGUUCUGUGACUGCACCAGUUACGACUACUGAGGUUUUACCAACAACUGUUCUUCCAACACCAUCUCCUUCAUCAGAACAAACUGUUAUUGUUGAAACUUCGACACCAUUGUCUUCAUUCGAAUCUGUAUUGGUGACAUCAACUAGUUCAUUUGUCCAACCAAGCACCAGCUCAUUCGUACCGGAAUCAUCAAGCUCUGUGACUGCACCAAUUACCACAACAGUGGCUUCGCCAACACCAAGCAGCUCUAACAUUAUUCAAUCAACAAGUUCUAUUGCUCCAAGUUCAUCUAGCGCAUCUACUCCAUCGGCAAGUACUACCGUUGUUCCUCCAACCUCCAGCAGCUCGUUUGUUCAACCUAGCACUAGCUCGCAUGUACUAGAAUCGUCAAGCUCUGUGACCGCACCAGUUACCACAACUGUUGCUUCACCAACACCAAGCAGUUCUAAUGUUGUUCCAUCAACAAGUUCUGUUGGUCCAAGUUCAUCUAGCGCUUUUACUCCAUCGGCAAGUACUACCGUUGUUCCACCAACCUCCAGCAGCUCGUUUGUUCAACCUAGCUCUAGCUCGCAUGUACUAGAAUCGUCAAGCUCUGUGACCGCACCAGUUACUACAACUGUUGCUUCACCAACACCAAGCAGUUCUAAUGUUGUACCAUCAACAAGUUCUGUUGCUCCAAGUUCAUCUAGCGCUUCUACUCCAUCGGCAAGUACUACUGUGGUGCCACCAACGUCAAGCAGUUCGUUUGUUCAACCUAGCUCUAGCUCGCAUGUACUAGAAUCGUCAAGCUCUGUGACCGCACCAGUUACCACAACUGUUGCUUCACCAACACCAAGCAGUUCUAAUGUUGUUCCAUCAACAAGUUCUGUUGCUCCAAGUUCAUCUAGCGCUUCUACUCCAUCGGCAAGUACUACUGUGGUGCCACCAACGUCAAGCAGUUCGUUUGUUCAACCUAGCAGCAGCUCUGCCACGUCAGUGUCUUCAAGUUCUGUGACUGCACCAGUUACGACUACUGAGGUUUUACCAACAACUGUUCUUCCAACACCAUCUCCUUCAUCAGAACAAACUGUUAUUGUUGAAACUUCGACACCAUUGUCUUCAUUCGAAUCUGUAUUGGUGACAUCAACUAGUUCAUUUGUCCAACCAAGCACCAGCUCAUUCGUACCGGAAUCAUCAAGCUCUGUGACUGCACCAAUUACCACAACAGUGGCUUCGCCAACACCAAGCAGCUCUAACAUUGUUCAAUCAACAAGUUCUAUUGCUCCAAGUUCAUCUAGCGCAUCUACUCCAUCGGCAAGUACUACCGUUGUUCCUCCAACCUCCAGCAGCUCGUUUGUUCAACCUAGCACUAGCUCGCAUGUACUAGAAUCGUCAAGCUCUGUGACCGCACCAGUUACCACAACUGUUGCUUCACCAACACCAAGCAGUUCUAAUGUUGUUCCAUCAACAAGUUCUGUUGGUCCAAGUUCAUCUAGCGCUUCUACUCCAUCGGCAAGUACUACCGUUGUUCCACCAACCUCCAGCAGCUCGUUUGUUCAACCUAGCUCUAGCUCGCAUGUACUAGAAUCGUCAAGCUCUGUGACCGCACCAGUUACUACAACUGUUGCUUCACCAACACCAAGCAGUUCUAAUGUUGUACCAUCAACAAGUUCUGUUGCUCCAAGUUCAUCUAGCGCUUCUACUCCAUCGGCAAGUACUACUGUGGUGCCACCAACGUCAAGCAGUUCGUUUGUUCAACCUAGCUCUAGCUCGCAUGUACUAGAAUCGUCAAGCUCUGUGACCGCACCAGUUACCACAACUGUUGCUUCACCAACACCAAGCAGUUCUAAUGUUGUUCCAUCAACAAGUUCUGUUGCUCCAAGUUCAUCUAGCGCUUCUACUCCAUCGGCAAGUACUACUGUGGUGCCACCAACGUCAAGCAGUUCGUUUGUUCAACCUAGCAGCAGCUCUGCCACGUCAGUGUCUUCAAGUUCUGUGACUGCACCAGUUACGACUACUGAGGUUUUACCAACAACUGUUCUUCCAACACCAUCUCCUUCAUCAGAACAAACUGUUAUUGUUGAAACUUCGACACCAUUGUCUUCAUUCGAAUCUGUAUUGGUGACAUCAACUAGUUCAUUUGUCCAACCAAGCACCAGCUCAUUCGUACCGGAAUCAUCAAGCUCUGUGACUGCACCAAUUACCACAACAGUGGCUUCGCCAACACCAAGCAGCUCUAACAUUGUUCAAUCAACAAGUUCUAUUGCUCCAAGUUCAUCUAGCGCAUCUACUCCAUCGGCAAGUACUACCGUUGUUCCUCCAACCUCCAGCAGCUCGUUUGUUCAACCUAGGACUAGCUCGCAUGUACUAGAAUCGUCAAGCUCUGUGACCGCACCAGUUACCACAACUGUUGCUUCACCAACACCAAGCAGUUCUAAUGUUGUUCCAUCAACAAGUUCUGUUGGUCCAAGUUCAUCUAGCGCUUCUACUCCAUCGGCAAGUACUACCGUUGUUCCACCAACCUCCAGCAGCUCGUUUGUUCAACCUAGCUCUAGCUCGCAUGUACUAGAAUCGUCAAGCUCUGUGACCGCACCAGUUACUACAACUGUUGCUUCACCAACACCAAGCAGUUCUAAUGUUGUACCAUCAACAAGUUCUGUUGCUCCAAGUUCAUCUAGCGCUUCUACUCCAUCGGCAAGUACUACUGUGGUGCCACCAACGUCAAGCAGUUCGUUUGUUCAACCUAGCUCUAGCUCGCAUGUACUAGAAUCGUCAAGCUCUGUGACCGCACCAGUUACCACAACUGUUGCUUCACCAACACCAAGCAGUUCUAAUGUUGUUCCAUCAACAAGUUCUGUUGCUCCAAGUUCAUCUAGCGCUUCUACUCCAUCGGCAAGUACUACUGUGGUGCCACCAACGUCAAGCAGUUCGUUUGUUCAACCUAGCAGCAGCUCUGCCACGUCAGUGUCUUCAAGUUCUGUGACUGCACCAGUUACGACUACUGAGGUUUUACCAACAACUGUUCUUCCAACACCAUCUCCUUCAUCAGAACAAACUGUUAUUGUUGAAACUUCGACACCAUUGUCUUCAUUCGAAUCUGUAUUGGUGACAUCAACUAGUUCAUUUGUCCAACCAAGCACCAGCUCAUUCGUACCGGAAUCAUCAAGCUCUGUGACUGCACCAAUUACCACAACAGUGGCUUCGCCAACACCAAGCAGCUCUAACAUUGUUCAAUCAACAAGUUCUAUUGCUCCAAGUUCAUCUAGCGCUUCUACUCCAUCGGCAAGUACUACCGUUGUUCCUCCAACCUCCAGCAGCUCGUUUGUUCAACCUAGCACUAGCUCGCAUGUACUAGAAUCGUCAAGCUCUGUGACCGCACCAGUUACCACAACUGUUGCUUCACCAACACCAAGCAGUUCUAAUGUUGUUCCAUCAACAAGUUCUGUUGCUCCAAGUUCAUCUAGCGCUUCUACUCCAUCCGCAAGUACUACCGUUGUUCCACCAACCUCCAGCAGCUCGUUUGUUCAACCUAGCUCUAGCUCGCAUGUACUAGAAUCGUCAAGCUCUGUGACCGCACCAGUUACCACAACUGUUGCUUCACCAACACCAAGCAGUUCUAAUGUUGUUCCAUCAACAAGUUCUGUUGCUCCAAGUUCAUCUAGCGCUUCUACUCCAUCCGCAAGUACUACUGUUGUUCCACCAACCUCCAGCAGCUCGUUUGUUCAACCUAGCUCUAGCUCGCAUGUACUAGAAUCAUCAAGCUCUGUGACCGCACCAGUUACCACAACUGUUGCUUCACCAACACCAAGCAGUUCUAAUGUUGUUCCAUCAACAAGUUCUGUUGCUCCAAGUUCAUCUAGCGCUUCUACUCCAUCGGCAAGUACUACUGUGGUGCCACCAACGUCAAGCAGUUCGUUUGUUCAACCUAGCAGCAGCUCUGCCACGUCAGUGUCUUCAAGUUCUGUGACUGCACCAGUUACGACUACUGAGGUUUUACCAACAACUGUUCUUCCAACACCAUCUCCUUCAUCAGAACAAACUGUUAUUGUUGAAACUUCGACACCAUUGUCUUCAUUCGAAUCUGUAUUGGUGACAUCAACUAGUUCAUUUGUCCAACCAAGCACCAGCUCAUUCGUACCGGAAUCAUCAAGCUCUGUGACUGCACCAAUUACCACAACAGUGGCUUCGCCAACACCAAGCAGCUCUAACAUUGUUCAAUCAACAAGUUCUAUUGCUCCAAGUUCAUCUAGCGCUUCUACUCCAUCGGCAAGUACUACCGUUGUUCCUCCAACCUCCAGCAGCUCGUUUGUUCAACCUAGCACUAGCUCGCAUGUACUAGAAUCGUCAAGCUCUGUGACCGCACCAGUUACCACAACUGUUGCUUCACCAACACCAAGCAGUUCUAAUGUUGUUCCAUCAACAAGUUCUGUUGGUCCAAGUUCAUCUAGCGCUUCUACUCCAUCGGCAAGUACUACUGUGGUGCCACCAACGUCAAGCAGUUCGUUUGUUCAACCUAGCAGCAGCUCUGCCACGUCAGUGUCUUCAAGUUCUGUGACUGCACCAGUUACGACUACUGAGGUUUUACCAACAACUGUUCUUCCAACACCAUCUCCUUCAUCAGAACAAACUGUUAUUGUGGAAACUUCGACACCAUUGUCUUCAUUCGAAUCUGUAUUGGUGACAUCAACUAGUUCAUUUGUCCAACCAAGCACCAGCUCAUUCGUACCGGAAUCAUCAAGCUCUGUGACUGCACCAAUUACCACAACAGUGGCUUCGCCAACACCAAGCAGCUCUAACAUUGUUCCAUCAACAAGUUCUAUUGCUCCAAGUUCAUCUAGCGCUUCUACUCCAUCGGCAAGUACUACCGUUGUUCCUCCAACCUCCAGCAGCUCGUUUGUUCAACCUAGCACUAGCUCGCAUGUACUAGAAUCGUCAAGCUCUGUGACCGCACCAGUUACCACAACUGUUGCUUCACCAACACCAAGCAGUUCUAAUGUUGUUCCAUCAACAAGUUCUGUUGCUCCAAGUUCAUCUAGCGCUUCUACUCCAUCCGCAAGUACUACCGUUGUUCCACCAACCUCCAGCAGCUCGUUUGUUCAACCUAGCAGCAGCUCUGCCACGUCAGUGUCUUCAAGUUCUGUGACUGCACCAGUUACGACUACUGAGGUUUUACCAACAACUGUUCUUCCAACACCAUCUCCUUCAUCAGAACAAACUGUUAUUGUGGAAACUUCGACACCAUUGUCUUCAUUCGAAUCUGUAUUGGUGACAUCAACUAGUUCAUUUGUCCAACCAAGCACCAGCUCAUUCGUACCGGAAUCAUCAAGCUCUGUGACUGCACCAAUUACCACAACAGUGGCUUCGCCAACACCAAGCAGCUCUAACAUUGUUCCAUCAACAAGUUCUAUUGCUCCAAGUUCAUCUAGCGCUUCUACUCCAUCGGCAAGUACUACCGUUGUUCCUCCAACCUCCAGCAGCUCGUUUGUUCAACCUAGCACUAGCUCGCAUGUACUAGAAUCGUCAAGCCCUGUGACCGCACCAGUUACCACAACUGUUGCUUCACCAACACCAAGCAGUUCUAAUGUUGUUCCAUCAACAAGUUCUGUUGCUCCAAGUUCAUCUAGCGCUUCUACUCCAUCCGCAAGUACUACCGUUGUUCCACCAACCUCCAGCAGCUCGUUUGUUCAACCUAGCUCUAGCUCGCAUGUACUAGAAUCGUCAAGCUCUGUGACCGCACCAGUUACCACAACUGUUGCUUCACCAACACCAAGCAGUUCUAAUGUUGUUCCAUCAACAAGUUCUGUUGGUCCAAGUUCAUCUAGCACUUCUACUCCAUCGGCAAGUACUACCGUUGUUCCACCAACCUCCAGCAGCUCGUUUGUUCAACCUAGCUCUAGCUCGCAUGUACUAGAAUCAUCAAGCUCUGUGACCGCACCAGUUACCACAACUGUUGCUUCACCAACACCAAGCAGUUCUAAUGUUGUUCCAUCAACAAGUUCUGUUGCUCCAAGUUCAUCUAGCGCUUCUACUCCUUCGGCAAGUACUACUGUGGUGCCACCAACGUCAAGCAGUUCGUUUGUUCAACCUAGCAGCAGCUCUGCCACGUCAGUGUCUUCAAGCUCUGUGACUGCACCAGUUACGACUACUGAGGUUUUACCAACAACUGUUCUUCCAACACCAUCUCCUUCAUCAGAACAAACUGUUAUUGUUGAAACUUCGACACCAUUGUCUUCAUUCGAAUCUGUAUUGGUGACAUCAACUAGUUCAUUUGUCCAACCAAGCACCAGCUCAUUCGUACCGGAAUCAUCAAGCUCUGUGACUGCACCAAUUACCACCACCUCCAUCGUGGCAUCAUCGCAAAAGUCUACCUCCAUUUUUGUGCUACCUUCUAAAACCAGCUCUUUCAUAUUCCCAUCCACUAGUGUUCUUUCCACCCUUCCAAGAUCAUCCAUAUCUGGAGUUACAAACAGUGUGCCUACGUCUCUGUUGACGCAGAGUUCAUCGGCAGGAAUAUUUACGCUCACCACUUCAACUGCCGCGAGUAUCUCUUUCCCAGUGCCUCCAUCCCUACAAACAACUGUUAUCAUAGCUACCAGUUCAUUUGUUCAAUUAAUCAGCACUUCGGUUAUACCACCAUCAUCAAGCUCUGCGACUGCACCACUUACAACAACGGUGGCUUCUCCUACACCAAGCAGUUCUAAUGUUGUUCCAUCAACAAGUUCUAUUGCUCCAAGUUCGUCUAGCGCUUCCACUCCAUCAGCAAGUACUACUGUCGUGCCACCAACCUCAAGCAGCUCGUUUGUCCAACCCAGCACCAGCUCUUUUGUACCGGAAUCAUCAAGCUCUGUGACUGCACCAGUUACCACAACAGUGGCCUCACCAACGCCAAGCAGUUCUAAUGUUGUUCCAUCAACAAGUUCUGUUGCUCCAAGUUCGUCUAGCGCUUCGUCUCCAUCAGCAAGAACUACUGUCGUGCCACCAACGUCAAGCAGUUCGUUUAUUGAACCAAGCACAACCUCUUUUGUACCGGAAUCAUCAAGCUCUGUGACUGCACCAGUUACCACAACGGUGGCUUCUCCUACACCAAGCAGUUCUAAUGUUGUUCCAUCAACAAGUUCUAUUGCUCCAAGUUCAUCCAGCGCUUCCACUCCAUCUGCAAGUACAACUGUCGUGCCACCAACGUCAAGCAGCUCGUUUGUUCAACCAAGCACAACCUCUUUUGUACCGGAAUCAUCAAGCUCUGUGACUGCACCAGUUACCACAACAGUGGCCUCACCAACGCCAAGCAGUUCUAAUGUUAUUCCAUCAACAAGUUCUAUUGCUCCAAGUUCGUCUAGCGCUUCCACUCCAUCAGCAAGUACUACUGUCGUGCCACCAACGUCAAGCAGUUCGUUUAUUGAACCAAGCACAACCUCUUUUGUACCGGAAUCAUCAAGCUCUGUGACUGCACCAGUUACCACAACGGUGGCUUCUCCAACACCAAGCAGUUCUAAUGUUGUUCCAUCAACAAGUUCUGUUGCUCCAAGUUCGUCUAGCGUUUCAACUCCAUCGGCAAGUACUACCGUUGUUCCACCAACCUCAAGCAGCUCGUUUGUCCAACCCAGCACCACCUCUUUUGUACCGGAAUCAUCAAGCUCUGUGACCGCACCAGUUACGACAACAGUGGCUUCACCAACGCCAAGCAGUUCUAAUGUUAUUCCAUCAACAAGUUCUAUUGCUCCAAGUUCGUCUAGCGCUUCCACUCCAUCAGCAAGUACAACUGUCGUGCCACCAACGUCAAGCAGUUCGUUUGUUCAACCAAGCAGCAGUUUUGCAACUACAGUGUCGUCAAGCUCUGUCACAGCACCAGUUACUACUAGUGAAGUUGUACCCACAACUGUCCUUCCAACACCAUCUCCUUCAUCGCAACAAACUGUUAUUGUUGAAACUUCGACACCAUUGUCAUCAUUCGAAUCUGUAUUGGUGACAUCAACUAGUUCGUUUGUCCAACCAAGUAGCAGCUCUUUCGUACCGGAAUCAUCAAGCUCUGUGACUGCGCCAGUUACCACAACAGUCGCUUCUCCAACACCAAGCAGCUCGAACAUUGUUCCAUCAACAAGUUCUGUUGCUCCUAGUUCGUCUAGCGCUUCAACUCCAUCGGCAAGUACUACCGUUGUUCCACCAACCUCAAGCAGCUCGUUUGUCCAACCCAGCACCACCAUUUUUGUACCAGAAUCAUCAAGCUCUGUGACUGCGCCAGUUACCACAACAGUGGCCUCACCAACACCAAGCAGUUCUAAUGUUGUUCCAUCAACAAGUUCUGUUGCUCCAAGUUCGUCUAGCGCUUCAACUCCAUCGGCAAGUACUACCGUUGUUCCACCAACCUCAAGCAGCUCGUUUGUCCAACCCAGCACCACCUCUUUUGUACCGGAAUCAUCAAGCUCUGUGACCGCACCAGUUACGACAACAGUGGCUUCACCAACGCCAAGCAGUUCUAAUGUUAUUCCAUCAACAAGUUCUAUUGCUCCAAGUUCGUCUAGCGCUUCCACUCCAUCAGCAAGUACAACUGUCGUGCCACCAACGUCAAGCAGUUCGUUUGUUCAACCAAGCAGCAGUUUUGCAACUACAGUGUCGUCAAGCUCUGUCACAGCACCAGUUACUACUAGUGAAGUUGUACCGACAACUGUCCUUCCAACACCAUCUCCUUCAUCGCAACAAACUGUUAUUGUUGAAACUUCGACACCAUUGUCAUCAUUCGAAUCUGUAUUGGUGACAUCAACUAGUUCGUUUGUCCAACCAAGUAGCAGCUCUUUCGUACCGGAAUCAUCAAGCUCUGUGACUGCGCCAGUUACCACAACAGUCGCUUCUCCAACACCAAGCAGCUCGAACAUUGUUCCAUCAACAAGUUCUGUUGCUCCUAGUUCGUCUAGCGCUUCAACUCCAUCGGCAAGUACUACCGUUGUUCCACCAACCUCAAGCAGCUCGUUUGUCCAACCCAGCACCACCUCUUUUGUACCGGAAUCAUCAAGCUCUGUGACCGCACCAGUUACGACAACAGUGGCUUCACCAACGCCAAGCAGUUCUAAUGUUAUUCCAUCAACAAGUUCUAUUGCUCCAAGUUCGUCUAGCGCUUCCACUCCAUCAGCAAGUACAACUGUCGUGCCACCAACGUCAAGCAGUUCGUUUGUUCAACCAAGCAGCAGUUUUGCAACUACAGUGUCGUCAAGCUCUGUCACAGCACCAGUUACUACUAGUGAAGUUGUACCCACAACUGUCCUUCCAACACCAUCUCCUUCAUCGCAACAAACUGUUAUUGUUGAAACUUCGACACCAUUGUCAUCAUUCGAAUCUGUAUUGGUGACAUCAACUAGUUCGUUUGUCCAACCAAGUAGCAGCUCUUUCGUACCGGAAUCAUCAAGCUCUGUGACUGCGCCAGUUACCACAACAGUCGCUUCUCCAACACCAAGCAGCUCGAACAUUGUUCCAUCAACAAGUUCUGUUGCUCCUAGUUCGUCUAGCGCUUCAACUCCAUCGGCAAGUACUACCGUUGUUCCACCAACCUCAAGCAGCUCGUUUGUCCAACCCAGCACCACCACUUUUGUACCAGAAUCAUCAAGCUCUGUGACUGCGCCAGUUACCACAACAGUGGCCUCACCAACACCAAGCAGUUCUAAUGUUGUUCCAUCAACAAGUUCUGUUGCUCCAAGUUCGUCUAGCGCUUCAACUCCAUCGGCAAGUACUACCGUUGUUCCACCAACCUCAAGCAGCUCGUUUGUCCAACCCAGCACCACCUCUUUUGUACCGGAAUCAUCAAGCUCUGUGACCGCACCAGUUACGACAACAGUGGCUUCACCAACGCCAAGCAGUUCUAAUGUUAUUCCAUCAACAAGUUCUAUUGCUCCAAGUUCGUCUAGCGCUUCCACUCCAUCAGCAAGUACAACUGUCGUGCCACCAACGUCAAGCAGUUCGUUUGUUCAACCAAGCAGCAGUUUUGCAACUACAGUGUCGUCAAGCUCUGUCACAGCACCAGUUACUACUAGUGAAGUUGUACCCACAACUGUCCUUCCAACACCAUCUCCUUCAUCGCAACAAACUGUUAUUGUUGAAACUUCGACACCAUUGUCAUCAUUCGAAUCUGUAUUGGUGACAUCAACUAGUUCGUUUGUCCAACCAAGUAGCAGCUCUUUCGUACCGGAAUCAUCAAGCUCUGUGACUGCGCCAGUUACCACAACAGUCGCUUCUCCAACACCAAGCAGCUCGAACAUUGUUCCAUCAACAAGUUCUGUUGCUCCUAGUUCGUCUAGCGCUUCAACUCCAUCGGCAAGUACUACCGUUGUUCCACCAACCUCAAGCAGCUCGUUUGUCCAACCCAGCACCACCUCUUUUGUACCGGAAUCAUCAAGCUCUGUGACCGCACCAGUUACGACAACAGUGGCUUCACCAACGCCAAGCAGUUCUAAUGUUAUUCCAUCAACAAGUUCUAUUGCUCCAAGUUCGUCUAGCGCUUCCACUCCAUCAGCGAGUACAACUGUCGUGCCACCAACGUCAAGCAGUUCGUUUGUUCAACCAAGCAGCAGUUUUGCAACUACAGUGUCGUCAAGCUCUGUCACAGCACCAGUUACUACUAGUGAAGUUGUACCCACAACUGUCCUUCCAACACCAUCUCCUUCAUCGCAACAAACUGUUAUUGUUGAAACUUCGACACCAUUGUCAUCAUUCGAAUCUGUAUUGGUGACAUCAACUAGUUCGUUUGUCCAACCAAGUAGCAGCUCUUUCGUACCGGAAUCAUCAAGCUCUGUGACUGCGCCAGUUACCACAACAGUCGCUUCUCCAACACCAAGCAGCUCGAACAUUGUUCCAUCAACAAGUUCUGUUGCUCCUAGUUCGUCUAGCGCUUCAACUCCAUCGGCAAGUACUACCGUUGUUCCACCAACCUCAAGCAGCUCGUUUGUCCAACCCAGCACCACCUCUUUUGUACCGGAAUCAUCAAGCUCUGUGACCGCACCAGUUACGACAACAGUGGCUUCACCAACGCCAAGCAGUUCUAAUGUUAUUCCAUCAACAAGUUCUAUUGCUCCAAGUUCGUCUAGCGCUUCCACUCCAUCAGCAAGUACAACUGUCGUGCCACCAACGUCAAGCAGUUCGUUUGUUCAACCAAGCAGCAGUUUUGCAACUACAGUGUCGUCAAGCUCUGUCACAGCACCAGUUACUACUAGUGAAGUUGUACCCACAACUGUCCUUCCAACACCAUCUCCUUCAUCGCAACAAACUGUUAUUGUUGAAACUUCGACACCAUUGUCAUCAUUCGAAUCUGUAUUGGUGACAUCAACUAGUUCGUUUGUCCAACCAAGUAGCAGCUCUUUCGUACCGGAAUCAUCAAGCUCUGUGACUGCGCCAGUUACCACAACAGUCGCUUCUCCAACUCCAAGCAGCUCGAACAUUGUUCCAUCAACAAGUUCUGUUGCUCCUAGUUCGUCUAGCGCUUCAACUCCAUCGGCAAGUACUACCGUUGUUCCACCAACCUCAAGCAGCUCGUUUGUCCAACCCAGCACCACCUCUUUUGUACCGGAAUCAUCAAGCUCUGUGACCGCACCAGUUACGACAACAGUGGCUUCACCAACGCCAAGCAGUUCUAAUGUUAUUCCAUCAACAAGUUCUAUUGCUCCAAGUUCGUCUAGCGCUUCCACUCCAUCAGCAAGUACAACUGUCGUGCCACCAACGUCAAGCAGUUCGUUUGUUCAACCAAGCAGCAGUUUUGCAACUACAGUGUCGUCAAGCUCUGUCACAGCACCAGUUACUACUAGUGAAGUUGUACCCACAACUGUCCUUCCAACACCAUCUCCUUCAUCGCAACAAACUGUUAUUGUUGAAACUUCGACACCAUUGUCAUCAUUCGAAUCUGUAUUGGUGACAUCAACUAGUUCGUUUGUCCAACCAAGUAGCAGCUCUUUCGUACCGGAAUCAUCAAGCUCUGUGACUGCGCCAGUUACCACAACAGUCGCUUCUCCAACGCCAAGCAGUUCUAAUGUUGUUCCAUCAACAAGUUCUGUUGCUCCAAGUUCGUCUAGCGCUUCAACUCCAUCGGCAAGUACUACCGUUGUUCCACCAACCUCAAGCAGCUCGUUUGUCCAACCCAGCACCACCUCUUUUGUACCGGAAUCAUCAAGCUCUGUGACCGCACCAGUUACCACAACAGUGGCUUCACCAACGCCAAGCAGUUCUAAUGUUAUUCCAUCAACAAGUUCUAUUGCUCCAAGUUCGUCUAGCGCUUCCACUCCAUCAGCAAGUACAACUGUCGUGCCACCAACGUCAAGCAGUUCGUUUGUUCAACCAAGCAGCAGUUUUGCAACUACAGUGUUGUCAAGCUCUGUCACAGCACCAGUUACUACUAGUGAAGUUGUACCCACAACUGUCCUUCCAACACCAUCUCCUUCAUCGCAACAAACUGUUAUUGUUGAAACUUCGACACCAUUGUCAUCAUUCGAAUCUGUAUUGGUGACAUCAACUAGUUCGUUUGUCCAACCAAGUAGCAGCUCUUUCGUACCGGAAUCAUCAAGCUCUGUGACUGCGCCAGUUACCACAACAGUCGCUUCUCCAACACCAAGCAGCUCUAACAUUGUUCCAUCAACAAGUUCUGUUGCUCCUAGUUCGUCUAGCGCUUCAACUCCAUCGGCAAGUACUACCGUUGUUCCACCAACCUCAAGCAGCUCGUUUGUCCAACCAAGUAGCAGCUCUUUCGUACCGGAAUCAUCAAGCUCUGUGACUGCGCCAGUUACCACAACUGUCGCUUCUCCAACACCAAGCAGCUCGAACAUUGUUCCAUCAACAAGUUCUGUUGCUCCUAGUUCGUCUAGCGCUUUAACUCCAUCGGCAAGUACUACCGUUGUUCCACCAACCUCAAGCAGCUCGUUUGUCCAACCCAGCACCACCACUUUUGUACCAGAAUCAUCAAGCUCUGUGACUGCGCCAGUUACCACAACAGUGGCCUCACCAACACCAAGCAGUUCUAAUGUUGUUCCAUCAACAAGUUCUGUUGCUCCAAGUUCGUCUAGCGCUUCAACUCCAUCGGCAAGUACUACCGUUGUUCCACCAACCUCAAGCAGCUCGUUUGUCCAACCCAGCACCACCUCUUUUGUACCGGAAUCAUCAAGCUCUGUGACUGCACCAAUCACCACAACGGUUGUCUCACCCACAUCGAGUAGCUCGUUUGUUUUUACUACGUCGAGUUUAUCCAGCUUAAGCAGCUCAUUUGUUACCGUAGCCACGUCGCAGGUCACACCAACUAGUUCCCUGUUAGCAUCUUCGAGUUUGGUAACGACCUCUUCUGUAUCAUCAAGUAUUGUUCCGACCAGCACUAUUCGUCCUUCACCAUCUACUGUGGUACCGACACCAACAACUUCAGUUUUGUGUCCUGCAUGUUAUCACAAAGGAAGUUAUUACGGGGUCAAUGAAACAUGGCAAGAUGCUACCAAAUGUAUUAAUUACACUUGUGUGGAAGUGGCUAAUCCUUGUUAUCCAUCUAACAGAAGCACACAAAUUGAAGUGAAAACACCAGUGUGUCAAGCUUGUCCAAAGGGUUACAAAACUGUUCAAAAUAAAGAGAAAUGCUGUCCGGAUUGUGUUCCAACGGAAAAUGUUCCAGAUAUGUGUAACGUCAAGGACUUAGGCGUUGAGGUGUUACAACAAACAGAUCUCACCCAUGGUACUUGCAAAUCCACGAAGAAAUACCGCGUGACAGGCUGUGGUGGCUUCUGCAAGAGCGAAAUUGUCGCGACGGUGGGCAGUGGUAUCUACUCUCCUUCCUGCCAGUGCUGUCAACCGACUAGAGUUAAACAACACAACGUUACUAUGAGUUGUACAUCAGGUCAUGAAUACACUGCGCAGUUCCAUGAAAUUUUAGAUUGUAACUGCGCUCCUCAACGCUGCUCUGCGAAAUACGACGUAUCUGGUAUAAACAUUGAGACGUCAGAUGGUGCAGAUACUGCGGAGAAGAGAUCAAUCUUUGAAAGAUUAGGCGAUAUCGAGCAAAUGGAUGAUGAGACAUUGCAACGUCAUCGUCGUAAUUUGUUGAAUGAUCUGGCGCUCAUCCAUGCAAAGAAGAAGAAGCGUUAAAAUGUCUGUUAAUUGUGGUUGUAUUUAUCUUUUUCUUGUGUUUGUAAUUUAGUUUUAGUGAGUGAGGAAAUAGCAUGUUAAAAACAUAAAA